AUGAAUACCAACUUGAUUCAUAUCCCCCUUAGAAAGACCGCCCCGGUGGAUAUUGGAGAAGCCAUAGGCGAAAUCAUAGAGAAGGAGUUCCAGCGGACCACUAACUACGAAGCAGAUCUUGUGUAUAUCUCCGGUCUACGAUUCCAAGUCCUGAGUCUUCAAGACGAAGCCAUCCACAUCAAAGACAUAGACACCCUCCUACAAUACUAUAGUCAAUUAGACGUGCUUAUAGAUAAGUUUCUGGACGACUUUAUAGAGCUUACAUGGUUUGGUACCUUGGGACAUGGGACCCUAGGGUUGACCCCAUCAAUCACCAGGUCAUUAAUGGUAGAGAAGCUCAAUGUGCUUUAUCAAUGCGGUAGUAUCUAUUCGCAGUUGGCGUUGCUUGAGUCUCGAUACUCUGAACUGGGACUUAAGAAGCUGUGCCAGUAUUUCCAGCUUGCUAGUGGAUGCUUUGACCAUAUCAGUGUGUUAGUUAAUAGUAGUCGCAAGGUAGGCUAUAUUCCUACUGAUUUCCUUGGGGAUACCAUCCAAUGUUUGAAGUGGAUAAUGCUAGCACAGGCACAAGAGAAAGUAUGGCAAAAGGCCCUAUUGGAUGAUACUAUGAAGAACACCAUCAUUGCCCGAUUAUCUAAGCAGAUCUCCGAUUAUUAUAGUCAAGCCUUGGAAUUGGCCCAUAAAUCAAGAUACAUUCGAAUUGAAUGGAUGAACCAUUUAACAGUGAAAAUGCUUCAUUUCAAAGCUGCUGCGUAUUAUCGUAUGGCCAAAGUUAGUCUUGAUAAUUAUGAUUACGGCGUCCAGGUUGGUUUACUAAGAGUUGCCAAAACCUCAUGUGAACAAGCUAUUAAGUCAAAAAAAUACGUUUCAAAUUACGUAAUUGAAGACUUGAAUGGUAUCACUGAGACUGUUCUGGAAGCCUAUAGAGUGGCUGAUAAGGAGAACGAUUUAAUAUAUAUGAAUAUUGUUCCUGAAGAAAAUGAUUUAUCUCCAAUUCAAGGUGCUCCCAUGGUUAAAUGCCUAGAUCCUCCAUUUGUAGAUAAACCUACUAAACAGAUCUUUACUGAUUUGUUGCCUUAUAUCGUGGUACAAGCAAGAAUUGCUUAUAGAGAUCGUGAGAAAUGGUAUCUAACUACAACGUUUGAAGAUGCUGUUCGAAUGGGGAAUGAACUGAUAGUCAAUUAUCUCACAGAGCGAAAUAUCCAGGCAACUUUGAACCUAUUACAAGAACCUGAAAGGAUACCAGAAUCUAUAAUAGAAAACAUGGACUCGAUCUCUAAACGUGGAGGUAGCCAAGGUGUACAUGAAGGGAUUCACCAACGAGAUCAACAAGCAGGUUUCAUUUCAAAGAUACUCGAUAGUUGUAAGGAGAGACUUGAGAUAGAUAAUCAGGAAGAUGAACUGUUCCGGCAACAGUAUAUUUCCAAUAGUAAUUUAGACUUUGAACCAACGUCGGAUGCUGCUAAAGAGCUUAUAGCCAAAGUUAACAAGGUUGAGAACUACAUUAUCCAAGCCAAUAAAGGUGAUAACACCGUAAAUAUGAGAUUCAAAGAGUUAACUCCAGUGUUACGGAUUUAUGAAGGAGGAAUAGAAGCCUUACACAAGUAUAUUCCGGAUGCAAGCUUAACUAAUCUUGACCCUAAGGUUGCAGAGAUUGUUAAUAACCUUAACAUUCAGAUCCACCAAUAUAAGCAAUUACAAGAUGAAAGGCAAACAGUUUACACCAAAGCUAUUGGGAAAUCAAAAAGUCGGCCAAUAGCCAAUGCCAUAACCUCUACGUAUAAAGCAGAUCCAGAGAGACUUUACAAGGAAGAUGGAACUACUCAACGAAUGGAUGCUUUUGAAGAUAUUUUUGAACGUCAUCUACAGAUAUAUAACCCAGAAGUUGAAGAGCUAAAGGCCAUUGAAUUCAAGCAGAAAGAAUUUGAACAACGUUUGGACUAUUUAUCUAACAAAUUAAAGUCCAAACAGUGCAAAAUAGACGAUAACAACAAGUCGGAGAGACAACGUGUGUUAGAGACGUUAGAUAAGGCAUAUGCCAAAUUUUUGGAAUUAAAUUCUAAUUUGGAUGAAGGUAUAAAGUUCUAUAACGCUUUCACUGAUAAGGUCAAUACAGUAUUGAUAGAAUGCACUGAUUUUCUUGAGACACGAAGAGCCAAAAGAAUUCAAUACGAAGAUGAAAUAGUGUUAUCACAGGACAAUUCUAUUGCUUUACCCCCUACUACUCAAGUUCCUAAGCCUAGAAAUGGGAUAUGGGAUUCUAAUGCUAUGAACAUACGGUACACUUAA